AUGGCGGACGACGUGCUUGUGUUCGUUUUGCAGAAGCUACUGAGCUUAUUAGCUUUACUACAGCAAAACCUUCAGCUUCUUUGCUACUGCGGCGAGCAACAAAUGCUUAUGGACAACAACAUACGCCACAUGCUUUUAGGUCCACCGCGGAGGAUAACGAGGAGAGCAACCAGGAGAAGAUUUUGGGUAAGACCUGGCAGAAGCAGCAGUUGGUGGGACAGCUUUGUUAAUAGCGUUGUUGUGGAAGAUGAAUGGAGGGAGAACUUUCGCAUGUCCAAAGCAUCUCUGGUCGCCCUGAGCGAAGAACUUAGUCCGUAUAUUGAAGGGCAAACAACAAACAUGAGGGCACCGAUUGAGACGCUGAAAAAGGUUGCGUUAACGCUUUAUUACUUGAGCGACGUGGGACAGCUACAGAAGACUGCUCACGCCUUUGGCGUGUCGCGACAGGCUGUGUCCGUUGUUGUCAGGCACACAUGCAAAGCGAUCGCUAUCCACCUGGGUCCAAAAUACAUCAAGUUGCCUUUUACGGAGGCCGAGGCUGAGGAUCUGGUUUUGGGCUUCCAUCGCGCUCAUGGCAUGCCACAGUGUUUGGGAGCGGUGGACGGCACCCACAUCGAAAUCAAGCAGCCAUCUAACGUUAGCAACUCAAUGGACUAUAUCAAUGGGAAAGGUAAACACUCCCUUAAUGUACAGGCGGUCUGUGAUCACAAGUACAGAUUUAUUGAUGUUGUGAUAAAGUGGCCUGGGAGUGUACACGAUGCACAGAUUUUUGCUCAUUCAAAGCUCAACUUGUACUUUAAGACCGGCAAGAUCCCUGGUCUGAAAAAGCAGAUUGUGGACCACGAGGAUGCUGUACCAAUUGUUGUUCUUGGUGACCCAGCUUAUCCUCUUCUGCCUUACUUGAUGAAGGAAUAUUCCAACGGUGGCUCCACACCUCAAGAACAGUACUUUGGGCAAUGUUUGUGUAGGGCACGGAUGGUUAUCGAGCGUGCUUUUGGUCGCCUCAAAGCCAGAUUUGCUGCACUGAAAAGGCCUAUGGACAUCAACUUGCAGGACCUGCCCCAUGUCAUUUACGCCUGCUUUGUGCUUCACAAUUUGUGUGAGGACAGUGAGGAGAAUGUGGCUGAGCACUCUGUGUUGGGAGCAAUACAAGGUGACGAAGACUCGCAGCCUCCUACAUUAUGCAACAACUACCUCACAGACUGUAAUGAGGGAGAGAGAGUGAGGAGAGUUCUCACAAAGUACCUUGACCCUUAG